AUGGGGGAGACGCGCGUGAUAUACCACCUCGAGGACGAGCACACACCUUAUCUCGUGCGUAUCAGCGUGCCCGCACAGCGCGUGACCCUGCUCCACGUCAAGAACGCGCUCAACAAACACCAUGCACGUUUCUUCUUCAGGAGCGAAGACCGGGAUUUUGGAGUGGUGAAGGAGGAGAUCAGUGAUGAUGAUGCUGUUCUGCCCUGUGAUAACGGACGAGUGGUGUGCUGGAUUGUUUCUGCAGACUCACAGAUCGACUUCAGAGGCGCUGAUGAUGUCAUGUCUGUGGCCACGCCCACCAGCUCAAUUGCCCCGCCCCUCUACAUGGCCCUGCCUCCUCCACCCCAGGCCCCGCCCCCUCAGAGGACUAGAGGCAUCGGAGAUUCACGCCCGCCGUCCUUUCAUGCACUUGGUGAGGACUUAGAAGGACAGGCCCCCCUCCACAAGGCGUCCAAUCGUCAGCGAGUUCCUAAAGGCGGCUCGUCCAAUCAGCAGCAAAGCAGUGAACUGGAGACGACAAGUUUCUGUUCAUCCGACUCUGGAGGGCGGUUCAGCCAAUCAGAGCACAGCAGCUCGUCUCCACAACGGUUACGCCGUCAGCGGCGGCGACACCGAAAGAAGAACGCUGGGAAGUCUAUGGACCAGUCGGCAAGCAGUGUAACUGACUCCACCAUGUCCCUGAACAUCACCACGGUAACGCUCAACAUGGAGCAGCACCACUUCCUGGGCGUCAGCGUCUUGGGACAGAGCACCGACCGUGGAGACGGAGGAAUCUACAUCGGCUCAAUCAUGAAGGGAGGGGCUGUAGCUUCUGACGGGAGGAUCGAGCCAGGAGAUAUGUUAUUACAGGUGAAUGACAUAAACUUCGAGAAUAUGACGAACGACGACGCAGUGAAAGUCCUGAGGGACGUCCUGCACGCGCCGGGACCCAUCACUCUGACUGUGGCCAAGUGCUGGGACCCGAGUCCAAAGAGCGGAUUUUCCCUCCCUCCAAGUGAACCCGUGAGACCCAUUGAUCCUGCCGCCUGGGUCUGUCACACAGCCGCCAUGACAGGACGCCUCACCCCCCACUACUCGGUGCAUGAGGACACGCCUCUGAGUGUGCACAGUGACAUCACGACGGUGGUGGCGGCGAUGACCAAUCAGAGAUCAGGACUGGAAGUACGAGAUCGACUGUGGCUGAAGAUCACCAUCCCCAACGCUUUCAUCGUCGUCAUGAUGGAACAUGACUAUGUGAGGAUGGAGUCGGAGAGAGGAUUUGAUAGGAUGGUAUGGAGGACUCUGUAUCUGGGUUUGGAUAAGCUGGGGAGGUGGGGAGACGUACGGAUCUAG